AUGAUCUUCGAACCGGCUGAGCGUGUCCUCCUCCCUUCUGUGGAUGUCAUUUCCUACGUCUUCGACAACGCAUAUGACUCCAACCGACCGAUCUACGUUGAUGUCCAUAAUCCCUCGCGAUCGAUCACCUGCGCUCAGGCUCGAACGAUUGUCCGUCAGUUGAUUGCCGGCCUACGCGCCUGGGGAGUCAAACCAGGCGAUUGCGUCGCCAUCCACUCCUUCAAUGAUAUCUACUAUUGUAUGCUAGUUUUGGCCAUCGUUGGCGCGGGCGGUAUCUAUACCGGUACCAAUCCCUCCUACACACCAAUGGAGCUGGCGCAUCACUUCAAGGCCUCCGAGGCAAAGUUCGUAAUCUCCGAGCCGGAGAUUCUGGCGCCUGUUCUUGCGGCCGUCAAGGAGAGAGGUAUCCCUCAAGCGAAUGUGCUCAUCUUCGAUGUGCUGGGCCAGGAGGUACCGGCCGGCCGACGAUCGUGGAAGGAUCUGUUCAACCACGGCGAAGAAGACUGGACGGCCUUUAAUGACCUGCAACGGGCCAAGGAAACCACAGCCGCAAGGCUAUUCAGCAGUGGGACGACGGGACUGCCCAAAGCCGUGACCAUCACGCAUCACAACCUCAUCGCGCAGCACGAGUUGUGCUCCGAGGUCCAUCCACGACCCUACCAGGUUUCCCGCGUCAUCGCAAUCCCCAUCUUCCACGCCGCGGCCGCCCCCUCCACACACUUCGGCGCCCUCAAGGCCGGCCACACAGUCUACCUGAUGCGCCGCUUCGACCUCGAGACCUACCUGGCGACCAACGAAAGGUACCAGACAACCGACAUGGCCAUCGUCCCGCCCAUCGCCAUCGCCAUCCUAAUGUCCCCGUUGUCGCGGACCCGGCCGUUCCUGCACUCCAUCAAGACCGUCAGCUGCGGUGCAGCGCCGCUCGACAAAGACGUGCAGGCGCGGUUCCGCACCCUCCUCAAAGACGGAACGCCCUUUACACAGGUCUGGGGGAUGACGGAGACGUGCUGCAUCGCGACGAUGUUCGAGUACCCGGAGCACGACGACACGGGGUCUGUGGGCCGGUUGAUCCCGAACCUCGAAGCCAAACUAAUUGACGACAACGGAAAUAACGUCUCUUCGUUCGGCGUCCGCGGCGAGCUCUGCGUGCGCGGGCCCACCGUCACACCGGGCUACUACCAGAACGCCUCCGCCAACGCCGAGUCCUUCGAUGCAGGGGGCUGGUUCAAGACGGGCGAUAUCGCGUACUGCGACGGCCGUACGCGCAAAUGGUACAUCGUCGACCGGAAGAAAGAGCUCAUCAAAGUGCGUGGGUUCCAGGUUGCGCCGCCGGAGCUGGAGGCCGUUCUCCUGGGCCACCCGCUCAUCGUCGAUGCGGCGGUGAUUGGGGUGACGUUUCCCGGGGCAGACACCGAGUGUCCCCGUGCGUAUGUGGUCAGACGGCCGGGCAGGGAAGGGGCGGAUCUGACGGAGAACGAUGUAAGACAGUAUCUUGGCGAGAGACUGGCCAGGUACAAGGCGCUGACAGGGGGGGUCAAGUUUGUGGAUGCCAUUGCGAAGAAUGCCAGCGGGAAGAUUCUGAAGCGGGUGUUGAGGGAGGAUAGUAAGAGGGAUAUUGAGGCUGGAUUGAGGCCGAAGCUGUAG